AUGCCCAAAGCUGCCAAGACGCCCUUGAGCGCACUCUUUGCGCUCAACAAACCUACCGGCAUCCCCUCGAUGACGCUCCUCAACCGCCUCCAGCCUCUCUUCUCCGCCUCGGCCCUCUUCCGUGACCCCAACAAGCCCCAACAAGACGACUCGGGCAAGCGCGGCGGCCGAGGAGGGCGACGAGGAGGGCGCGGCCGCAGGGACGACAAGGUCAAGAUGGGCCAGGGCGGCACCCUCGACCCGCUCGCAGACGGCGUCCUCGUCGUCGGCACCAACGCGGCGACCAAGUCGCUGUCGCGCUUCCUCGACUGCACAAAGGAGUACCGCGCCAUCGGCCUCGUCGGGUGCUCGACCGACAGCUACGACUCGCAGGGCAAGCGCGUGCGCACCUGCGCCUGGGACGGCGUCAACCGCCAGUCGGUCGAGGACGCGCUCGCACGCUUCCGCGGCGAGAUCGAGCAGACGCCGCCCAUCUACUCGGCCCUCAAAAUGGACGGCAAGCCCCUGUACGAGUACGCGCGCACCAACACGCCGUUGCCGCGCCCGAUCCCGCCGCGCAAGGUCACCGUCUUCUCGCUCGAGCUCGUCCGGUUCGUCGACGGCGCCGAGCACGACUACGCGUACCCCGAGGACGAGCUCGACGAGCCGGCGAGGAAGGAGCUCGAGCGGCUCGAGAAGAUGGUCAAGGAGGGCAGGACAGAGGUGCCCGCCGAGGACGAGGUCGCCGCCGCGUCUGAACCUGCGCCCACAUCCACCGAGCCGACAGCCCGCCCGCCCAUCUUCGAGAUCAAGAUGACCGUCUCGUCCGGCACCUACGUCCGCUCGAUCGUGCACGACCUCGGCCUCGCGCUCGGCUCGGCCGCCCACGUCGUCAAGCUCACGCGCACGCGCCAGGGCGAGUUUGUGCUCGACCCGCCAGAGGCGAGCACGGCGGCGCUCGAGGCGCAGGACGAGGCCAAGAAGAGCGGGACCGAGGUCGAGGGGCGCGAUGCCGACGGGUGGCUCGAGUGGGAGAGGGACUUGCUCAGCAAGUGCAAGGAGGUGUAGCGGGCGCGAGCUGCAUCUUUUUUUCUCUGCG